AUGGCCACCAGCGCAUCGCGCUACGGCGCCACAACGGAAUCUGUGGACUUCGUGUUGGGGGCCGAGCAGGCGAGGCGGUGCGUGAACGCCUUCGUGUCGGACGUGACGAAGCAGCUCAUCCGUGACAUCCUCCCUCCCGGCUCCGUCCACUCGUCCACGACGGUCGUCCUCGCCAACGCGCUCUACUUCAAAGGAGCAUGGUCCCAACCGUUCGACGUCUUCACAGCACCGUUCCACAGCCCGGGCGGCAGCACCGUGCGCGUGCCGUCCAUGAAGACAGACCAGUCACAGUACAUCGCGUUCUACCAAGGAUUCAGGGCCCUCAAGCUGCCCUACAAGAAUGAAGUGGAUCCGCAAGCUGCAUUCUACAUGCUUAUCCUUCUCCCAGACAGCGACACUCUCAGUCUCGCCGAUCUCUACGACAAGGCGGUGUCGAUGCCGGAGUUCAUCAAGAAGCACACGCCGGCACAGAAGGUUCCAAUCGGACAGUUCAUGGUCCCCAAGUUUAAGUUCACGUUCGAGUUCGAGGCGUCGUCGGACAUGCAGAAGCUUGGUGUCACCAGGGCUUUCAAUAGGGGCAACUUCUCAGGCAUGGUGAGUGGCGGGGAUGAGCUCUCCAUCACCGGGGUGUACCAUAAGGCCACCAUUGAGGUGGACGAGCUAGGCACGGUGGCCGCUGCAGCCACGGCCGUCGUAUUCAUGACUGAGAGUGUUUCGUCUGCCGUGGAUUUUGUGGCGGAUCGGCCCUUCUUAUUUGCCGUGGUUGAGGAGAGCACAAGCACAGUGUUAUUCCUGGGUCAUGUGGUUAAUCCCAUAGUGGUUAAUCCUCUUGCUGGCUAA